AUGGCUACUUCACAAGACGACAGCGGUUCAAACGUUUCAGCCUCUAAUGUUUCUUUUAAUAGUACCUCUGUAUCUCAAGAAAAUGUUUUCUAUUAUAGGCCUAAUAAUGACUUUCAAAUUUACAUUAUUUAUUGUAAAGAAAUUACUUUAAAUGAACUUGCAGCUCAAUUAUUAAAUGAUCACUUAUACUCAACUUGUAAUUAUUUUUAUUCAAAUAAUCACUUCAAGUUUUAUUUUCAACAUCCUAACGAUCAAAGAAUUUAUCAUAUAAAUUGUGAAAUAAUUUCGCAUUCGGCUAUAGUUCAGCAUUUAAACUUAAAUUUUUUUGGAAUCAACUUGAGACAAAGUGAACAGCAACGGCAACAACAGCCUUUGGAAUUUACAAAUGACCAUAAACAAAACCUUGAAUUUCACUUGAGACGAUCCCUUAUUGAUUAUUUGGCACCUAAUAUGAUUGCUGAAAAUGAAAAUCAAAUUGCGAAUAAUAUAAAUUUAGUUAAUAUUCGUCCACGAAAUGUAACAGAUAAUAAUCAAUCUCCCACUUCUCAGCAAGAUAAUAAUAAUCGGUUGGGUUGA